AUGUUUGAUGCGACAAUAUCAACUAAGAGUAAUGCAUUAGAUUACAGCGUCAGAGCGCUCAAAUACAUAGCUGCGAGAAGCGUGGCGCGGAAAAGGGUUGUUUGCACCAAAAGGAUCGCGGAGGGUGGCUUCAACAGAGUUUGCCUCUUGACAAUGAACGAUGGAUUCGAGAUUAUAGCAAAGAUCCCUUGCGCGGUCCCAGGCCCGAAAACAUAUGCUACUGAAAGCGAAGUUGCGACGCUCGAUUUCUUGCGGUCAAAGGGUGUGCCCGCGCCGCAGGUUUAUUCAUAUUCUUCACAGAGCGAUAGUCCAGUGGGUAGUGAAUACAUUGUCAUGGGGAAAGCUCGUGGACAGCCUUAUGUUGAACUUGAACAGAAGCUCUUCUCGAUAAAUUUUAUUUCGUACGGCAGCCUCUAUUACACGGACAAAUUACCUCCAAAUAUUCGGGCGCCACUCUAUGAUCAUUCGAAUGGUUACGAAAGCCAUGAUGAGAUGCGAUUCUGUAUCAGCCCCUCUGCAGACUAUACUUUUUGGCGGGGGCGUCGUGCCCUUCUGAAUAUCGAUCGUGGGCCUUGGCACAACCAUCAGGACUAUAUCCGCUUUAUCGUUCCUCAUAACAUCAUACUCAAAGGGAAUUUGUCCUCUUCUUUAUAUCUGGAGCUGCUAGAGAAGUAUCUAUCCAUGGUACCCCAUAUUCUACCCGAAUCUCGCAGUAGCCCUGUGAUCCAGCCCACACUGCGUCACCCAGAUCAUAAUCCUUCCAACAUAUCUGUUACAGAGUCAGGUGAAAUCUCGUGUAUCAUUGACUGGCAACAUUCUUCUAUCCUUCCUCUGCUUCUCACGGCUGGCAACCCGCCUCUUUUCGAAAACCCUGACCCGGAGCCUCCGAAAAACCUCGAAAAGCCUAGUUUACCAGAGGAUUAUGUGUCUUUGAGUCCCGAGGAACAAACACAAGCUGAUGAGCUGCACCGUCGGAGGAUGUUAUUCUAUCUAUACAUGGUAUUCAACGGCAAAGAUAAUAAACCCCACCUUGACGCGCUCCGCGAUCCGCUAUUAGCACUACGACAACACCUAGUCGAUAGAGCUGGUCGACAGUGGAGUGGCAAUACCAUCACGCUGAAGGGCGCACUAUUGAGGCUGGCAGCUCGCUGGGACCAAUUAGCGGGUGAGAGCACUGUCGAAUGCCCAGUUCAGUUCGAGCCUGAGGAAACGAAGCAGUUCUACGACACAGAAGAUCAGUGGUUCAGAGCAACAAUUCUCCUUGAACAUUGGCGAUCGCUCCUGGAUGAUCUGGGAGAGGGCGGAUCGGUCAGGCACAAAUCUUACAAUAGGGUCGUGGAGACUAACCGCCAGCUUAAGGAGCAUUGGCUGGCGGAAGCAGAAGAUGAUGAGAACUAUGUAUCUGUUGAUAAGUUCUGGCCGUUCCAGGAUCAUGAAGAGAUUGAUUGAC